AUGGACCUCGUCUUGACCAUCGCCGACGACUACCUCCUCGACGCCGUCUGGACCCGUCUCCACCCCGCUUCUUCUGCAUGGCCCCGCGAAUACAUCCCUCGCCAGCUUCUCUCCCUUUCCGUCAUCACCCUCCUCGGCAUCUUCUUUCUCUAUUUCACCUUCGCCGGCCUCUCUUACCACUAUAUCUUUAAUCACGACAUGAUGCAGCAUCCUAAAUUCCUUAAAAAUCAGGUCAAGCUUGAGAUCCAAUCUAGCAUACGCGCUUUCCCUAUGAUAACUCUCCUCACCUUGCCUUGGUUCCAAGCGGAGGUCAUGGGCUACUCAAAGUUGUACGAUGACGUGGAUCAGUAUGGCUGGACAUACUUCUUCGCGUCCAUAGCAAUGUUCCUGCUUUUCACCGAUUAUGGCAUCUAUUGGGUACAUCGCCUACUCCAUCAUCCCUUGCUCUACAAGCACAUCCACAAGCCGCAUCACAAGUGGUUCAUCCCCACACCUUUCGCGUCGCAUGCGUUCCACCCUGUUGAUGGAUACCUCCAAUCUGUCCCUUAUCACAUGUUCAUCUUCGUUUUGCCCUUGCAUCGGAUACUGUAUCUCGGCUUGUUCGUUUUCGUCAAUUUCUGGAGUAUCUUCAUCCAUGACUCGGACAUGAUCACUGGACACCCGCUCGAGACGGUCAUAAACGGACCAGCUCAUCACACUCUCCACCAUCUCUAUUUCACUGUCAAUUACGGCCAGUACUUCACUUGGGCUGACCGCUGGGGCGGUUCUUACCGCCAACCCGCAUCCGAGCUCGACCCUCUGUUAGAGGUGAAGGCGAGGCAGGAGGCGGAGCGCAAGGUCGCACUCGGCAAGGAACUCUAA